CUAAUUUGAAUCGUCCAAUGUCAGAGCCAGUCACAGCAGAAAAUCAGUAUGAAAGACUUGCACAAGUGGUUACACCGUUGUACCAGGUGCCGUAUGGUCAGCAGUUGAAGAUGAAACAGAGUAAAGUCCAUGAGAUAAUGAAAACACUUGGUGAGCAGUUGAAAAGUAUUAAUGCCCCAAUUACUAGACUGAAGAAAGGUCUUCCUUGUCCAGUGGAACCUAUAAGACCAUCCCCUGACGUUAUUGCUUAUCGCAACAAGGAUGAGUUUGGUGUCCAUAUAGGAGUUGAUGGCAAUCCUAAAACUGUUGGUUUCUAUGUUGGAAAGCCAGUAGAUCCCUUGAUGACGUGUGUACCUUCAACUUAUCUGAUCAAUAUGAAGGAAUCCCAUAAAGACAUUAGUAAGAAAUUUCAGACAUUCAUACGUCAGUCAUCACAUGAAGCAUGCCAUAGGUUUGACACAAGUGGAGUUUGGCGCAAUUUUCUAGUGCGUUCCACUAGGUCAGAUGAAAGGAUGGCUACAGUUUAUAUUCAUCCUCAAGAUUUAACAGAAGAUGAACAAUUGGAGAUCAUGGAUGAUUUAAGAAAUUUCUUCUUCCAUGGAGAGGGUGCAGAAUGUGAACUUGACUCUUUAUACAUGCAAGCCUGUAGACACACUAGAUGCACGAGAGAGCAAGCGCCAUACAAACUUAUUGAAGGGAAGGAGUACAUUACAGAAAAUUGUGAAGAUUUAUCUUUUCGUAUAUCUCCAGAUUCUUUUUUCCAGAUCAAUACUGGGGCUGCUGAAGUUCUAUAUAGAACUGUUAGAGAAAUUGCUGAGGUGUCUCCUUUAACAACAUUAUUAGAUGUUUGUUGUGGAACUGGAACUAUCAGCCUUGUCAUGUCCCCUUAUGUGAGAGGAAGCGUUGGAAUUGAAGUCACAACUGGUGCUGUAUUAGAUGCAAAAGAAAAUGCUAUUAUUAACAAUAUUCCCAAUGCCCAUUUUAUAGCAGGAGCUGCUGAAAAAGUGCUACCUCGAAUAGCUCCGGAUCUCAACUGCUGCUCUGAUGUUGUUGCCAUAAUGAAUCCUGCUCGUGCAGGCCUCAGGCCAGAAGUUAUUCGUGCCAUUCGACAGUGUGAAGCAAUAACUAAACUUGUAUAUAUCAGCUGCAAACCAGAAGGUUCCGCGAUGGAAAACUUUGUGCAAUUAGCUUCAACUCAGGGCAAAGGAAAAUUAAAGGACCGUAGCCCACCAUUUCUGCCUAGAUAUGUUGUCCCAGUGGAUAUGUUCCCACAUACUCACCACACUGAGGUAGUUAUUCUUUUUGAAAGACUAAAGUAAUGUCUUGACUGGAGAUUUGAUAUAAAAAUUACAUAUUUACAAUAAAUUGCAGUUUUGGUGCAAUAUACGUUUACAUUUUCCUUCAAACAGAUGUGUUAAGUAGGAAAGUUUUAGAAAAAUUUGUGAAAGGUAGCAGUUUAAGGAUAUAUAUAUAUAAUUCUGUUCAUGGCAUCUAGACUAUAGUAUUUGAUUAAAAAAAUAUUAAUCUC